UCCGUGACGGAACACGUGUCAGAAGAAGGACUACGUGCGUAGAUGCGCACCUCAUCCCGCGGGUUCACGAAGCCUCCGGCGUCGUUUAGCACCUUCCACCCUUCUUAUCAUCACCUUCCUUCGCCUUCUCCUACUUCUCGCUAAACCACGCGAAGACGGAAGAAAAAAUAACAAAAAGCGUUAACCUUUGCUGAAUUCUCAAGUAAACACCUCGCCGUUUCGGCGAAUUCGUACUAAACCGCCUGUCGUCUCACAUCCUCCUAUCUGAACAGUUUGCCGUUUUUAAAAUUCUCCGACCAAAUGGCGACGACUGCUACGUCGGCGUUUAGUGGCGUGAUCGGCGUAGGAUCGGAGUCCCGAAAGGUUUCUACUUUCUCUCAUCUCCAACCAUCUGUAGCUUUUCCGGCGAAGCCCAAUUCCUUCAAAUCACUGAAACUGAAGCACAGCGCGAGGCUCACGCGGAGGCUCGAGCAUCGACCCUUCGUCGUCCGAUGUGAAGCUUCAUCCAACGGAAGGCUGACACAGCAAGAGUUCACAGAGAUGGCGUGGCAAUCGAUAGUUUCGUCACCAGACGUGGCUAAAGAGAAUAAGCAACAGAUUGUGGAGACAGAGCAUUUAAUGAAAGCUCUCUUGGAGCAGAAGAACGGUUUAGCUCGUAGGAUCUUCUCUAAGAUCGGUGUGGAUAACACUAAGGUUCUAGAAGCAACAGAGAAGUUCAUACAACGCCAACCAAAGGUGUAUGGAGAAUCUGCUGGUUCGAUGUUGGGACGUGACCUUGAAGGUCUGUUUGAGAGAGCUAGAAAGUAUAAGAAAGACUUGGGAGACUCUUACGUCUCAGUGGAGCAUUUGGUUCUUGCUUUUGCUCAGGACAAGCGGUUUGGUAAACAGUUGUUUAAGGAUUUUCAGAUAUCUGAGAAGAGUUUGAAAACUGCUAUUGAGUCCAUUAGAGGGAAACAAUCAGUCAUUGACCAAGAUCCGGAAGGGAAGUAUGAGGCGUUGGAGAAGUAUGGUAAAGACUUGACAGCAAUGGCGAGAGAAGGAAAGCUUGAUCCUGUGAUUGGAAGAGAUGAUGAGAUCCGUAGAUGCAUUCAGAUUCUGUCCAGGAGGACAAAGAACAACCCUGUGUUGAUUGGUGAACCUGGUGUUGGUAAAACCGCAAUUUCAGAAGGACUUGCUCAGAGGAUUGUGCAAGGAGAUGUACCUCAAGCUUUGAUGAAUAGAAAGUUGAUAUCUCUAGACAUGGGUGCACUUAUAGCUGGAGCAAAGUAUAGAGGAGAGUUCGAAGAUAGACUAAAGGCUGUUCUCAAGGAAGUCACAGACUCGGAAGGCCAAAUCAUUUUGUUCAUCGAUGAGAUCCACACAGUUGUUGGUGCAGGUGCAACUAAUGGGGCAAUGGAUGCUGGUAAUCUACUAAAGCCAAUGCUUGGUCGAGGCGAGCUAAGAUGUAUAGGUGCAACAACGCUUGAUGAGUACAGGAAGUACAUAGAGAAAGAUCCAGCCUUGGAACGUAGGUUUCAACAGGUUUAUGUAGAUCAGCCCACCGUUGAAGACACUAUUUCAAUUCUCCGUGGUUUGCGGGAAAGGUAUGAGCUUCAUCAUGGAGUUCGCAUCUCGGACAGUGCUCUAGUGGAAGCUGCUAUCCUCUCUGACCGUUAUAUCAGUGGCCGGUUUCUACCUGACAAAGCAAUUGACUUGGUCGAUGAAGCAGCAGCCAAACUAAAAAUGGAAAUCACCUCAAAACCCACAGCUCUCGACGAGCUUGACCGUGCAGUGAUAAAGCUCGAAAUGGAGAGGCUAUCACUAACCAACGACACAGACAAAGCUUCCAGAGAAAGGCUGAGCCGUAUCGAAACCGAGCUAUUAUCACUAAAGGAGAAGCAAGCCGAGUUAACACAACAGUGGGAGCACGAGAGGUCCGUCAUGUCCCGUCUCCAGUCCAUCAAAGAAGAGAUCGACAGAGUAAACCUCGAGAUCCAGCAGGCCGAGCGCGAGUACGAUCUAAACCGCGCAGCAGAGCUCAAAUACGGAAGCUUGAACUCGCUCCAGCGGCAGCUAAACGAAGCUGAGAAGGAGCUUGACGAGUACUUAAGCUCCGGGAAGUCGAUGUUCAGAGAAGAGGUUUUGGGAAGCGACAUAGCUGAGAUUGUGAGUAAAUGGACUGGCAUACCUGUCUCCAAGCUCCAACAGUCAGAGAGAGAUAAACUCUUACAUUUGGAAGAAGAGUUGCAUAAGCGUGUAGUGGGUCAGAACCCUGCAGUGACUGCAGUAGCCGAAGCGAUCCAACGGUCGAGAGCUGGGCUAUCUGAUCCUGGCCGUCCGAUAGCUUCCUUCAUGUUCAUGGGGCCGACCGGUGUCGGCAAAACCGAGCUGGCUAAGGCCCUCGCUUCUUACCUCUUCAACACGGAGGAAGCUUUGGUGAGAAUCGACAUGAGCGAGUACAUGGAGAAACACGCUGUUUCCAGACUCAUCGGUGCUCCUCCUGGAUACGUCGGGUACGAGGAAGGAGGGCAGUUGACUGAAACGGUUAGAAGAAGGCCUUACUCGGUGAUCCUCUUCGACGAGAUUGAGAAGGCUCAUGGAGAUGUGUUCAACGUGUUUCUCCAGAUCCUGGACGAUGGUAGGGUUACUGACUCUCAGGGACGUACCGUGAGUUUCACUAAUACGGUGAUUAUCAUGACAUCUAACGUCGGCUCGCAGUUUAUCCUGAACAACACUGAUGAUGAUGCUAAGGAGCUCGCUUACGAGACCAUUAAACAGAGAGUGAUGGAUGCUGCUAGAUCGAUCUUUCGCCCCGAGUUUAUGAACAGGGUUGAUGAGUAUAUAGUCUUCCAGCCUCUCGACCGCGACCAGAUCAACAGCAUUGUCCGGUUACAGCUUGCUCGUGUGCAGAAGCGGAUUGCGGACAGGAAGAUGAAGAUAGAGGUCACAGAUGCGGCGGUGGAUCUUCUUGGGAGCCUUGGGUAUGAUCCUAACUAUGGAGCUAGACCUGUGAAGCGUGUGAUACAGCAGAACAUUGAGAACGAGCUGGCUAAAGGUAUCUUGAGAGGAGAUUUCAAGGAAGAAGAUGGCAUUUUGAUUGAUACGGAGGUCACAGCGUUCUCCAAUGGUCAGUUACCUCAGCAGAAGCUCAUUUUCAAGAAGAUUGAGUCGGAAACAGCGGAUGCUGGAAAAGAAGAAGAAGUUUUUUCAAAAUAGAGCAGUUGAGAAACGACAAGUUUCAAGACUUUUUAGUAGUCACUUGUGACGGAACACAAUGUUAAAAAAAUUAUCUCAAUGUGAGUUAUAUAAGUGCUCAUGUCUCGAAA